AAAGUGCUUCCUGUGCCUGCGAAGGCAGUACCGGGAAGUCUCGCUCGCGGGGACAGGCUCUGGGGCGGUGGCGGUAGGGACGGGCCCCGGCGUUCCGUGACACCCGGCCUGCUUCCCCUCGUCCACCCCCGGCCGGCGGCGACCGGCCACAGCUGCGGCGGGCCCGGGGCGUGCGGCCUGGAUUUUUUGUGACACCUUGAACAUGAGCCCCACACAGUGGGACUUCCCUGUGGAAUUAUGUUGUCGGCCUAUGGCUUUCGUUACUCUUACGGGCCUGGAUGUGGUUUAUAAUGCUGUCCAUCGAGCUGUCUGGGACGCUUUCUGUGCCAACCGGAGGGCUGAUCGGGUACCGAUUUCUUUCAAGGUGCUCCCCGGUGACCAUGAGUAUCCCAAAUGUAGACCUAAGAGGACUUCCUACGAAUGGUACAUUCCCAAGGGGAUCUUAAAGACGGGUUGGAUGAACAAACAUCUGAAUCUGGUGCCGGCCCUGGUGGUCGUGUUCUAUGAACUGGACUGGGACGAGCCUCAGUGGAAAGAAAAGCAGUCCGAGUGCGCCACCAGAGUGGAAAUUGUCAGGCAAAGUUUACAAGGGAGAAACACAAAAGUUGCAGUGGUUCUGAUUCAGAAGAAAACUCCAUUGCCCCCAGGGGAAGAUGUCACGGCGUCAGAAAGGGCUGCGGCUUUAUGUAAUGCGUGUGAACUCUCAGGAAAAUCUCUGUUUGUGCUGCCCCACACUGACCACCUGGUGGGUUAUAUUAUAAGAUUAGAAAAUGCCUUUUAUGAACAUGCACAGACUUAUUACUACACUGAGAUCAGAAGAGUGAAAUCUCAUAAAGAAUUUUUGAAUAAGACAACACACCAGCUUUUAUUUGUUAGACAUCAGUUCAAAAUAGCUUUCUUCAGUGAAUUGAAACAAGAUACACAAAAUGCCCUGAAGAAUUAUAGGACCGCCUAUAAUCUUGUGCAUGAAUUGAGAGCCCAUGAAACUAAUAUUCUGGAAAUUAAGACAAUGGCAGGAUUUAUAAACUACAAGAUCUGCAGGCUGUGUUUUCAGCACAACACCCCACUGGACGCAAUCGCUCAGUUCCGAAAGCACAUAGACUUGUGUAAGAAAAAAAUCGGAAGCGCAGAGUUGUCUUUUGAGCACGCCGCAUGGAUGUCGAAACAAUUCCAGGCCUUUGGAGAUUUAUUUGAUGAAGCUAUUAAGUUAGGGUUGACAGCUAUUCAAACUCAGAAUCCUGGUUUCUAUUACCAGCAGGCAGCAUACUAUGCCCAGGAGCGGAAGCAACUUGCAAAAACCCUCUGUAACCAUGAGGCUUCUGUGAUGUAUCCCAAUCCUGAUCCGUUAGAAACACAAACAGGUGUUCUUGACUUUUAUGGACAAAGAUCAUGGCGACAAGGAGUACUAAGUUUUGAUCUUUCUGAUCCUGAAAAAGAGAAGGUGGGAAUUCUUGCCAUUCAGCUGAAGGAGAGAAGUGUUGUUCACUCUGAAAUAAUAAUAACUCUUCUGAGCAAUGCUGUUGCACAAUUUAAGAAAUAUAAGUGUCCAAGAAUGAAAAGUCAUCUAAUGGUUCAAAUGGGAGAGGAAUAUUAUUAUGCAAAGGAUUAUACCAAAGCUUUGAAGUUGCUGGAUUACGUGAUGUGUGAUUAUCGGAGUGAAGGGUGGUGGACCCUGCUCACGUCCAUAUUGACUACAGCUCUGAAGUGUUCCUACCUCAUGGCCCAGUUAAAAGAUUACAUUACUUAUUCCCUAGAACUCCUUGGAAGAGCUUCCACUCUGAAGGAUGACCAGAAAUCUCGGAUAGAAAAGAACCUCAUAAAUGUUUUGAUGAAUGAAAGUCCUGACCCUGAACCUGACUGUGAUAUCUUAGCAGUGAAAACGGCUCAGAAGCUGUGGGCGGACCGAGUUUCUCUGGCCGGCAGCAAUGUUUUCACAAUAGGAGUGCAGGACUUUGUGCCAUUUGUUCAAUGCAAAGCCAAGUUUCACGGCCCAAGUUUUCAUGUUGAUGUUCCUGUGCGGUGUGAUGUCUAUCUGAAGGCUGAUUGUCCACAUCCCAUUAGGUUUUCCAAGCUCUGUGUCAGCUUCAAUAAUCAGGAAUAUAACCAGUUCUGCGUAAUCGAAGAAGCAACUAAAGCAAGUGAAGUUUUAGAAAAUUUGACCCAGGGAAAGAUGUGCUUAGUUCCUGGUAAAACGAGGAAGUUUUUAUUUAAAUUUGUUGCCAAAACUGAAGAUGUGGGGAAGAAAAUUGAGAUUACUUCGGUCGAUCUAGUUCUGGGCCACGAGUCGGGAAGAUGUGUGGUUUUAAAUUGGCAGGGAGGAGGAGGGGACGCUGCCUCCUCCCAAGAAGCCUUGCAGGCCUCGCGUUCUUUCAAAAGACGACCCAAGCUCCCUGACAAUGAGCUUCACUGGGACAGCAUAGUCAUUCAGGCCAGCACGAUGAUUAUUUCCAGAGUUCCAAACAUUUCCGUGCAUCUGCGGCAUGACCCUCCUGCCCUGACGAAUGAAAUGUAUUGUUUGGUUGUGACUGUUCAGUCCCAUGAAAAGACCCAAAUCAGAGACGUGAAGCUCACCGCUGGUUUAAAACCUGGACAGGAUGCCAAUUUAACUCAGAAAACUCAUGUGUCUCUUCAUGGAACAGAACUAUGCGACGAGUCCUAUCCGGCUUUACUCACUGACAUUCCUAUCGGAGACUUACAUCCAGGGGAACAGCUGGAAAAAAUGUUAUAUGUUCGCUGUGGAACAGUAGGUUCAAGAAUGUUUCUCGUGUAUGUUUCUUACCUGAUCAAUACAACUAUUGAAGACAAAGAAAUUGUUUGCAAGUGUCACAAGGAUGAAACUGUAACUAUAGAAACUGUCUUUCCAUUUGAUGUCGCGGUUAAAUUUGUCUCUACAAAGUUUGAGCACCUGGAAAGGGUCUAUGCGGACAUCCCCUUUCUAUUGAUGACGGACCUCUUAAGUGCCUCACCUUGGGCCCUCACUAUUGUAUCCAGUGAGCUACAACUUGCUCCUUCUAUGACCCCAGUCGAUCAGCUAGAGUCCCAAGUGGACAAAGGUGAGAAUGUGGACCAUCCCACUUAAGUAGAAGACCGGGGUGUGUGUGUGUGUGUGUGUGUGUGUGCUAGCAGUGUAAGAAUUAGCUUUUUGCUAAUGGAGGGCACUUGAGACUGAUAGAAAAGUAAAUACAUUUAGAAUUAAAGUAGAAUUAGUAUCAGUUACCAUUUGUUUGAGUAUACCUCAUUUUAAAAGAUAAGAGUUUUGCUACUAUAAGGAAGUUACUCAGAAAAAUGUACUUGAAAAUAAAAUAGCAUUUUUUCAUAUUUGGAUUUUUCAUAGAUUGUUUUUUCUUAUUGAUUUUUAAUUAAUGUUUACCAUCUCUUAUAAUUUGAAAUGGUGAAAGAUGGUUAUUAAAGAAAGUUGGGAAAAUAUAGAAACAUAGUAAGUUUUCUAAAUCAACUAAAAUAGUUUAGAGAAGAGAUUUAAACCCAGGAUAUUACUUUUCUGGUGCAUUAUACCUUGGGCUUAUAUGCUUCUUGAGCUGUUAGAGAAAAAUAAAAAAAAUUAGUUUGAAUGUUAACCCAAGCAAAAUUGUGCUCAGCUCUAUGAUAAGAAUAAAGAUUGUACGAAAAAAAUCACGAUGUAUUCUUUUUAAGUUUAUUUAUUUAUUUUGAGAGAGAGAACACAUGCUCGCAGGAGGGGCAGAGGGAGAGGGAGAGAGAGAGAAUCCCAAGCAGACUCUGUGCUGUCAGCAUAGAGCCCAGUGUGGGGCUCAAUCUUACAAACUGUGAGAUCAAGACCUGAGCUGAAACCAAGAGUUGGACGCUUGACUGACUGAGCCACCCAGGCGCCCCUCACCCCCAUGAUUAAAAUCAAAUAUAAAUGAGUCAUUUAUUUGCUGUAUCUGUUUAUCUAUCUACUACUUGAGUUCAGUGUCAUAAGUCAUAUAGUUGAUUUGCAAUACAGAUUAAAAUUAGAUGAGUAGUUUCAGAAUUCCAGUAUUUUUUUUGUAUCCGGCCUGUGAAUAAGUUUCAGUAUCUAUCAAUAAAUAACAACAGGUAUUUAUCAAGUUCACUCUCUGGCCCCAUGCUAGGUUCUCAAGAAAACGCCAAGAAGAGUUUGUCUCUACAAGAGACAUAGUCUUCAUAGUCACUUCUGUGCAUUUUAGGAAAGUCAUCAUAAAGGAGGAAAGAUAAAAUAGAUUAAAAAACCUCUUUAUUUACAUGCUACAAAUAGGUCCUACAUCCUGUAAAGUAAUAAUACUAGAAAACAAUUUUGCUUUCAGAAUGCCUUGAUAAGUUUUGUUUUUAUCUUUUGAAACUUGGUUUUCUCUCAUGGUUUUGGAAAUCACUGUCUGUGGUUCUGCUUUGUUUCUCUGUCCACACUUCUUCCUUUUCUCCUCCCUGGCUAACGUGGAAUGAUCACGAGCUGUGGAGUCACGCUGAACUAGAUUCCAUUCUCUGACCUUCUGCCUGCUCUUAUGUUACAUUGGAUGGUUCACUUUGUUUCAUCCCUUGUCAGACUUAAAGAAGAUAACACACGUGAAAUAGCGUGUAUGAGGUAGUCUGUAUGAAGUAUCUCAGCCCGGUGUUUGUCUCCUCACAGCUCAUCACAAGCUGGCUAUCUGUCCAUUCUUUGCUGAUUCCUUUUCUUACUCCUUAAAUGUGGGUCGCUUCCAAGAUCCUGACUUUGGCUCCUUUUACUUUUUCUACAAGUCUUCACCUGCCAUGCAACCUCAGGCUCCCCGCAGUCCCCAGUCCAGAGAGAGGAGUCAGUGUAUACUUGGCCCCAGGUAGAAACCACAGAAACAGACCAGACUCCCUCUUACGUGCGCAUCCAUCCCGGCGCCACGUUCUCCCUUCUGCACGUCUCUGGAAUCCAGCUUCUGUCCAUUCUCACCGUCUCUCAUCUGGCCUUCAGAAACACCUUCUUAACCGCUUUCCUCUUUGCCAUUCUCUCCCCUAGUCUGCCUUUCAUGUUGCUGCCAGAGAUUGAUUUCGCAAAAAGCAAUUUUGAACUUGUUUUUCCUUCUUAGAAAACCUCACGACCUACCAGACCUUUCCCUGGGAAGCUUCCCUUUCUAGCUUCUUCUGUACCAGGCUCCCUACUUCCCCUUCCUCUUUCCUAGACUUUGACCAAGCCCGCAUUUGUACAUUCAGCAAACACUACCUCCAUCUGGUUUUGAACAUGUUAGUACAUCUGUCCAAAACCCUUUCCUUUCUCUUUCCACCUGUUCAACUCUUGUUUGCUCUUUCGGUCUCAUGUAAGCUUUGACUUUCUGAUCUUCCUAAGCGGGACUAGGUAAUCUUCUUUCUUUGCUCCCAGAGUUUCUUUACAUCUGAUAUGACACUUAUCCACUUAUAUUGUAAUAGUUUACUUACUCUUAUGGCUCCCCUGCUACACUAUGGGCUCCUUUAGAGCAGGAGCCAUGACUUACCCCUUUUUGUAUUGGCAGCCUCAGCUGCAUAGUAGUUGCUUAAUAAAUGUUUGUUAAAUGAAUGAAUAAAUACCUACCUUGAAUUUCCCAUUACUCGUUUCCUAUUGCUGCUGUAACACAUUAUCACAAAGUUAGUGCUUAAAACAACACAGAUUUAUUAUCCCAACGUUCUAGAGGUCAGAAGUCCUAAAAUCAAAGUGUUGGUGAUGCAUCCCUUCUAGCUCUGGGGAACACCCUUUUCCUGCCCUUUUCAGCGUUCAGAGGCCAUCUGGAUUCCUUGGCUCAUGGUUCCUUCCUCCAUCUUCCAAACCAGCAGUGUAGCAUCUUCAGAUGUUUCUUCUUCUGACCUCUGCUUCCAUUGUCACAUGUUUUUCCCAGAUUUCCUCCUACCUACCACUUUCCCUCAGAACCCUUGUGGUUACAUUGGGCCCAAUUGGAUAAUCCGGUAUAAUCUUCCUAUUUUAAGAUCCUUAUCUUAAUCACAUCUGUAAAAUCCUUUCUGCCGUGUAAGGUAACCACAUUCACAGUUCUGGGAAUUAUGAUGUGGAUAUCUUUGGGGAGGGGGUGGCAUGGCUUUCUUCUUUCUGCCACCUCCAAGGACACCAGCACUAAUGCAUUACAAACUUUGUAUUUGACACAUUAAAGAUAACAACUUUCCUAGGUCAUAAAGUUGACCCCAAUGUUAAUUGUUAAUAAACGUUGUGAUCAUUUUUGUUAACUUCUUAGAAUUAAGGAAGGCUUGAGCUGGGGAGAAGCAAUAUGAAUGUCCUAGGUUUUUAAAAAAGGUAUCUUGGGGCGCCUGAGUGGCUCAGUCAGUUAAGCGUCUGACUCUUGGCUUUGGCUCAGGUCUUGAUCUCUCGGUUUGCAGGAUCAAGCCCCAUGUUGGGCUCUGUGUUGACAGCGUGGAGACUGCUUAGGAUUCUCUCUUCUGUCUUUCUCUGCCUUUCCCCCGUUCUCUCUCUAUCUCUCUCUCUCUCAAAUAAACUUUAAAAAAAUGAAAAGAAAACGGGGCAAGGAUCCUGAAUUAAAAAAAAAAAAAAAGGUAUCUUAAGAGGUUUAAAUUGGUGUAUGUUUUACUAACUGGGCUACAGUAUCAUUUCCUAGUCCUUAAAAAUUACUUAAAAGUGGUUAGAGAUUGGCCCAGCAUUUUCCCCUUUGACUUCUAGUAUCUGCUCACAAUCGUAACUAGUAAUUUAUCACAACCUUCUUCAUUAGAGAAUCAUGAAAACAAUUAGUUAACGUUUAGAGACCUUGUUAUUACUGUUUGAAAGUUUCACCCACAGAUUUGCCCAGGUCAGCCUCAGAUGGGCACUGUUGCCAGCUUGCAUCGAAGGCACUGCAGGCUGGGAGGUGCUGAUGGCAGGGAGGGCUUGGUUCAGGCGAACCUUUAUCUUGGCGUCAGGAGUUUAGGCUACAGUUGGCAAGAGGAAAGCAGCCUUGUAUGAGAGGUAAGUCACCACAUUAGGCAAUAAUGAGGCAACAUGUAAUGUAUUUCCAUUUGAUGGUCUCGCUAAUAUGUGUUUGUCACAGAAAGCCAGAGUUGCCUGGAAUGACAUUUUGAGUACCUAAAAGGUUAACUAAAAAUUUCUUUUUCCCUACUGUGAAAUGUUUCCUUUAGAGACAUGAAAUAAUUUGUAGAAAGAAAAAUAAUCACCAAAUGGUAUUAUUCCAACUCCAGACUUUGCCCUGUCAUUAGUUCCUAUAGGAUCUUGUCACAGACCUACAGCUGCUUUGCUGAGUUUUAUUAUAAUGGAAUAUUGAUAUAUUAGAAAAAGCACUGGAUAGGGACUUUGUGACCUUGAAAAAGUCAUUUAACAUCUCUGAGCCUUAGUUUUUAAAGUCUCUACAAAUAAUGUAUAACGGAUAUUCUUUUUUUGUUAUAUUACUUAAAGGUAAAACUCUCCUUUCAUAGAGGAAAUCGUUGCAUAGGAUUAUAAAGAUUAUUCCUUAUAGUUGUCUUACAGACUGGAGAGAGCGCUAGUGAAUGCUUUUGUCUUCGGUGCCCAUCUGUUGGAAAUGUUGAAGGUGGAGUAGCAACUGGUCAUUAUA